UACGUGGCCGCUUUGUUGCUGUGCAAGGGCCGUAAACACUUGUUUUUCUUCCUUCUUCGCCGAUUUGAUGUAAGGAAUUCUGCUUGCAACAAAGACGCAUAAGCUUUAAUUGUUGCAGGUUUGUGUCAACAAGAAAGACACAACGGCCGGAUAAUUCGCCAUCUUUUUAUAAUCAUGGAUAUCCUCAGAAGACUGGCGCUUGCCUUUUGUAUAUGCGGGCUUAUAACGGGAUUAAAUGCCGGAAAUCUCGAAGCGGAAACCAACGAUCUCAAAAACACAGUGGAUGACCUGGAGCCAUCCCUUUCCUCCAACCUCUACACUGCCCUUUCCCAGAACGAUGAAUUCCGCGCCGGCCACCAGACGGCCGAUCUUCCCACCCCGGUGCUGGCCAAACCCAGCAUCCAACGGCCCACCCAUAAAAAACAUCCCGUUCACGAAGAACCGCUCCCCCACCUGAACGACCAAUCCGACGUAUCGCGCAUCGUACCCACGCCCACCGCCCGCGUCAUCAUCGACCAGCACGAGGAAGUGGCCCAUUCGCGGGAGAAGCGCUGUUUCACCUGCGGUCCCGGGAUGAUGGCCGUCCCGGCAAAUAACGGCGGUAUGGGCAACAUGAUGGGGAACGGUGGCGCCGUGAUGGGCAACGACAUCCAACCGGACGGCCGCUUCAUCCAACCGGUCGGAGUCAUGACCGGCUCGUCAUCCGGCAGUUUCAGCGGUAUGAGCGAAUCUUCGGGAGCGUCGUCCGCGGAUUUCGCUCGCAUCCUGCAGAUGUUCGGCGGCGGCAGUGCCAGUGACAGCUUCUCUCAGACGGACUUUGCCCGCAUCCUGAAUUCCAUGGGCAGUCAGGGAUCGAACAUGGGGUCACGCCAGUCCGUCGGGAUGUCCAGUGGUUUCCAAGCAUCGUCGCUCUCGCAGUCGGAAAUCAAUCAGAUUCUGAACAGUCUCACCGGGAUGACCGGAACAGGCUCGUCGGGAUCGUUCACCAAAGGGGACUUUGCCCGGGUCUUGAUUAACUUCGGGUCGACCGGUUCCGGUGGGUCGUUCUCCGGUUCUUCCGGCUCCGUUCAACAGGACAUGAAGAGCGCGUUGGAUCAGUUUGGCAGCGGGUCUUCUAGUAACUCCUUCUCCAGUGGUUCGUCCAACCAACAAAUCUUUGCCAAGAUCCUGCAGAGUGGUUCAUCGGAUUCGUCCAAUUUCCAGCAGAGUGGUAUGAGUGGGCAAAAGGUCUUCGUGCAACCGCAGCCCGUGCAGGUGGUGGUCCAGCCUCAACCGGUGCAAGUGGUACAACCAAUUCCCAUCCGUAUUGUCUCCGGUGGGAACGACGCCCAGCCGGUGGGCAACGACAUUCAGCCGCAGCAAGUGGUUAAUGUCAACCAGAACCAGAAUCAGUAUCAGCAGCAACAGUACAGCCAACAGCAGGUUCAGCAGCAGCAACAAUACCAGCAGAGCAAUCAGUAUCAACAACAGAAUGUUAACCAGCAACAAUAUGUCCCGGUGCAACAACCCAAUAAACUGUAUAUCAAACAAGCCGGUGGAUCCGAUGGGUACAUGGUUUUCAGUACGGGAACAUAUACCUUGGCCGGUGCAAUGAGCACACAGGUCAAUAACGGCUACACCUACACAAUGUCCACCUACACCCGCAUCAUCGACGCUAUUCCCACCGUCGGCGUGAUCACCCUGGUGCCGGUACAGACCUACUACGCCGGCCGCCUGAUCCCCCAAGGUCAGAACGCCUACGGCGUCCCCAACGUCGGCACCUUCACCCUGGCUGGUUCCAUGUCGUACUUCCAGUCACAGGGCUACCCCUACACGGUCUCAUCCUUUACACGCAUUGUGGACGGUGCAGCGACAUACGGCGCCAUCACGCUGGCGGGUCUCCAGACGUACUUCAAUAACCGCCUGCUGCAGCCGGGCCAGAAUCCUUACGGUGUUCCCAAUGUGGGCACGUAUACGCUGAACGGCGACAUGCAGACCAUUAUGAUCAGCGGCUACCCGGCCACCGUGUCAACCUAUACCCGCAUUGUGGACGGUGUGGCGACGUAUGGAACCAUCACGCUGGGCCAGAUGCAGACGUUCUAUAAUAACCGGCUAUUGCCGCCGGGAACCAAUCCAUACGGUGUGCCAAACGAAGGGACGUACACUUUGGCUGGGGCAAUGACCUCUUUUGCGGAUUCAUACGGUUAUCCGGUUACGGUCUCCUCGUACACUAAGGUCAUCAACGGUCGUGCUACCUUCGGCGCCGUGACCAAAGGGACACAGAUGACCGUGUACAAUGGCCAAACGAUGCGCUAUGGGGAGAACAUCUUCGGCGUGCCGAAUCAAGGAGUGUACACGAUCCCCGGUGGACUGAGUUACGUCGAUGUCAACGGGCAGACGCAGACCCGUACCACCGUAACGAAGAUCGUCAACGGCCAGCCAACCUACGUUACCCUAACCGUUAUGCCCAUGCAGACCAUCUUUGUUCCGAACGACAGUGGGCAGACCAUGUUCCUCCAGGGCGGAGGCGAUAAGAUCGCCGGCGGAGGAGGUGUCUGCCAGGUGUGCGGAUGAUAAUAUGUGCUAACGCUGUUUUUCACCCAUGUUAAAGCCUCUCGUUUAUGUUGUGUUUACCUAAUUCGUUGCUGUUAAUCGGUAUGAAGUAUGCAGCCUCUGCGGUUUUUAUUAAAACAUAAUUUGAAGAUUA